AAAUUAUGGCGGUCUAGGAAUUUCUUCUUCACGGUGAGUUCAACUUCAUAUAAAUACGUGCCAUUUUAUAUGUGUAUAACAUCGAUGUUGAAGUGAUGUCAUUUCCCUCGCCAGAUCGUUGACCUCCGGUAGGUACGAGACAGUAUUCCACAUUCGCUAUAUUUUACCUUCAAAUUUUCUUACAAAAGAAACACUGAGUUGUUUUUUAUAAUUCACAGUCAAGCCCGCCCCGUUGAGAUUUUCUCUUUUUGUUUCUAAGUGUAAAAAUCCUUCACAAGCCGUUUGGUUAUCGACUGCGUCGACCUGCAUAGAACUCAAAGAGCUUAGUAAAAAUAUUUCUGCCUCAUAGUUAAAGAUAUUCCUGUUUUUUUUUUUGCACGAGUCCUUGAAAAAGAAAAUCUUUUUCGGGAUCACAGAAAGGUCUAUAAUCAGUUCAAUGCUGGUUGGUAAACUUUUAGAUUAUAACAGCGAAAAUUUUUAUUUCUUUCUCGACCUUUGAUAUUUCCGACACGCGCUUCGUUGUCGAGAUCGAAGUAUUUUUUUAGAUGCUUGAUUUUAACGUAACCGUAUCUUUGAAGCGAACUGGUCUCUCAAAUACGUAUUCACUAAACCUUCCUAAUUUUUAUAAUGCUAAGGUGAAGAUAUGCAGAGGUUUUUAAUGUGAUAUCUUUCAUAAUUUUAUGGUUUACUCAAGCAUUUUAUCAUAACUCUACGUCAGCCUUAGUUAUUGUCAUCGAAGUACAAAGCAUGUAUAAGCUGUGACUCGUGUCUUGCCAAUUAUAUGUUCAGCGUAAUUAAUCUGACUGUAUAUUCUCGUGAUUUUGUAUUGAGAACUAAGAAAAGGUUUUCUUGGUGUCGACUUCAUGAUACAGGAUUUUGUAAUAUUUUUCUCUCACUGUGGUUUUUACUUAAAGUAAAAUUUUUGACACGUUUUAAUAUUGCCUUACAACAUGACGAAUAUCACAAAUCCACAGAACUGUUGCUAAACAAGAUUAGCUCAGAGUUGUAUGUAAUGAUUUCAAAAACUCUGAUUAUGCCACCGCGACUAUAAACUGUUAUAGCGUUGCUUACAAUGUUGCAUUGUAAAAUUUAAAAAAGUUGAACAUUAAACAGCUAUUUUUAGCCAAGGGUUGAUAUUUUAAUCUCAAGUGUUGUUAAAAAUGUUAUGUCACUUAUAACUUAUGUUUUUUAAUAUUCAAAUUCUCAAAAUGAAUGUCCAUGAGAUUUUAUUUCAACCAGGGAUUGUUCUCAUGAGUGUCUUCGUCUGAAAAGUAAAAAUUGUUUUCUGGUCAAAAAGUGCUCCUUUGAGAAUUUUUCUCAGGCUAUAUUUUUUUUACAGUAACCACAGGUGCAAGGUUCCUAUCAAAGUAAUAUUUUUGUGGAUAUUGUCUCAAAUAAUAAAAUGAUAUCUGCUUUGCUGUUUGAUUAAAAUUUUUAUUGGCAUGGGUACCAUUAAUAAUUAUUCAGUGGUAAAUAUAAAUUAAUAUUUUGGGAUAUUUCAGUUAUGCAUUGGAACUUGCCUGUAGCCAGCAUCCUUAGUGCCAAGAUGAUGGUCACUGGAGGGAGUUGGUUGGUUACAAAAGGCUCAGCUAUAACACACCCCAGCACUUUGACUCGGAAAUUUUGUAUAUACAUGUAGCUGGUCUUUUAUACAUGUAAGAGGUGGUGCACAUGGAAGGAGAUUCAACUGUAGUCUCGUUGAAUUAAAAUUUAGUUACUUAAUAUAGCAAACAAGUAAUUGUAUUGAUAUAGAUAUGAAUGAAGUAUUUUGAUCUCUCAUAACAUUUUGUAAAUUUAACUGAUGUGAAUUGUACCAUAAAAUUGAAGAGCAAUAAAACCAUAGUGGUAACACUUUUUAUUUUCUUACUGAAGUUAUCAAAUUCUUUGCUAGAGGAGAAAAAAAUUUGAUAAUGUUUAAGUUGAUGGACAGUAUUUGUGAAUAAUAUAGUAAUAUGGUAACUGUUCCUCACCAAUGUAACCAAAAACGUUGUGUGCAAUUAGAAAAGGAACUAUUUUUAGAUCACAUUUUGACUGUCAUUGCUUUAAAGAAAGAUAUUUUUGUAUUGCAUAUGUAAUUAAUCUUGAAAAAUAACAGUUUUUUUCAACAAAGUUCAGCUACUUCUUACAGUUCAAGUAUCCUCCAAUGCAGUGUAUUGAUUGAACAUUGGUAGUCACUAUUGUUAACUGAAGAUUGUAACUUGAAUGUACAACAAUUUCACAUGACAUACUGUCUGUCAUAAGAUAAAAACGAACUUGUUCUGAGUUCAUCAAAUUUAUGUCAUCAGGUAGGGACAUGAUUGUGUUUACAAGCAUAUUUUCUUAGGUUUUAGACAUCCAUUUAAACACCUCUUAAAAGAUGUAGUGAAAAUUGCAAUUAGGACAAUAUACGAAGGGCUUCUAAAAUCCAAUUUCUGUUUUGUAGUAUGUCACAUUACUGAGCUCUGAUAGUCACACUUCCAGCAUAGUAAACUAACAAUCAUAUGAGUAUCAAAUUAAUAAUAGUCAGUUAGUCUGUACACAUGCUCAAAGCUUCCAGACAUUGCAUGAACAGUAAAUUAGCAUUUAAUGAGAAAUGCCACUGAGAUGCAAUACUUCCAAUAUUUAUAACAGCAAUGCAUAAUAUCACAUACCCAGCAUAAGCUCUUUGAGUUAACAAAGGACAAUAAAGACCAUCUUGAUUCUUGUUAGAUGAGAGUUAUUUUUACUAAAAACAUUAGAAUUUAUUAACUGUAAUGAUAAAAAAAGUGAUUAAAAUGGAAUGUUCAUACAUUGUGUUAUUUUAAUGUCAUAAAUUUCCUGGACAGCAAAUUUUUUAUUGCAUAAACUCUUUUUGGUAGAAUUUAUUGGAGCUUAUUAAUUAAAAUUUUUACAGUAACUUUCAAACUCUUUUAUCGUAUAUUUUGCUUUUAUUUUGAUAGUUCUAUAUUUUGGACAAUAUAAGCCAGUGCUAGUGAACCUUUAGGAAAAUUAUAAUUUUGGGCUUAAAUUCUAGGUCAGCUUUAACAAGCUCAUUCUUGCACUUAAUUAUUGUUAAUUAACUAGUUAAAUGUCAUGUUUUUUUGUUAUCAAAUUUUAAGUAGAGGGUUAUAAUUCAGAAUGUUUAUGUAUCUCCAUAAAUCACAAUGCUUCUUUGUAUUGCAGAAGAAGACCUCAUAUGAGAACCACUUCCAUAUAGUUACUCUUCAGAGGCUCCAAGAUUGGUGCAUUUAACUGAGUUCAACAUUAAACAGUUAACUGAACACAUCAAGUUAUGCGGGAAAAUACUCCUGAGAAAGCUACAGUAACUGCUCCCAAAACACUAAUCAUGACUCACAAUGACAACAACAUACAAGAGAAAUCUAUUGACAAUCAUUCCAUAGAAGCAAAUGACACUGAGAUUUCUACUAAAGUGAAGCACAAGGAAACCAUGAGUGAUGAUGUGAAAAUGCAUAAUUUUACUGAAUGUUGCAGGUGAGAUUAAUUUGUCUAUUCUUGGCCAGAUAAUUACUUAUGAGUAUUUCCCUUAACUGAAAAGCUCUUUCCUUUUUACCAGAUUUUCUUAUACUCAGAGAGUUACUGCUUUAAUCUUUAAUUUUCAGGCUAGAGUGGCAAUAAUAUUCUGGAUCGUUCAAAGUCUAAUACUAGUAGCUUUGUUUAAUUAACCAUGAUUGCUACAUUGUAUUUUGAGCUAAGAAACAAAGGAAGUGAGAAAGUUUUUCCUUUUUUAAAUGCCUUGACACCAACAAAGUUGUAUAGCUAAGUUUCUUAACUGUCAUAGAAACAGUUUGCCCAGAAACGUUUAAAAUAACUUUUACAUGGUGGUAACUUACUUAGCCAGGUUAAUCAUGUUGAAAAAGAUCACAUGAUAGCAUGCACAAAAGUAUUAAACUCAUGACUUCCUUUGCUGCGGUUCUGAGAGAUCUUUGAUCAACUAUAUUAUUCAAACAUGUGCAGAUUAACUCCUGAUCUAAAUUCAAAUCCCUCCUUUGUUUCAGAAGCAUGUCCAAGACAUAUCCCCCAUAAACUGUAAAGAGAAUCAAACAGAAGUCGAUUAUCCGGCCAGGCACUCUUUUAUUCAUUCAAUGUCCAUGUUCAUUCAGUGUUUCCUGUUGAUGUUUUUGAGUACUUUUUCCAGCCACUUAAAACUGUGUUAGUUAUGUUAUGAGCAACUGAAAUUAGUUUUUGUUAGAUAUGGACAAACUACCUCUGAAUUAAACGGAUGGCCCCAGGGUUUCAACGAUAUAAACAUAUUUGCGGUCCCAAUAUCCGAAACCUUUUUGGAAAACAAUAAUUAAUUUUUCCAGACUCAAGGCUAUCAAAUACCAUGUAGGUGAGCAAUAGAGACUUUAGAAAUCGCAGGAACCAAGAUGUUCUCAUGAUGUAACUGUGCAAUGUAGACAAAAUGAGAAUUCUAAAACUUUUCAUUCUGUGAUUGAGUGUCUUUGUUACUGCCGAGAUUGAAUAAUAUUUGACCACGGGAAAAAAAUUACUAAUUUUGAAGCACUUUUUGUAGCUUUAAACAAAAAAAUCCAGACUUUUUACCAUUGAUCUAGCCUUAAUCUGUGUUUUCCAGACUUUUUCCAGGUCUGGAAUUAAACUUUCUCAUAAACAGCUAUUUGAUUGCUUCGCAAAUUUCAAGACCUUUUCAAUGAUUCAAGACUCUGUGCGAAUCCUGUUUCUGUUUCUCGUAAAACACAGUUUUUAUCUUAUUCAAUAUUCAUUGCAUUUACCUUCCGUUUUCGGUUUGCCCACAGAAUGUGGAUGUGCUCCCACUGCAGCAAGAGCUUUGCAUCCUCACGUGCUCUCAAGAUCCACGAGGUAAAACAGCACGAGAACGCCACUCGUCACGUUCUUAAAUGCGGCACGUGCGAUGAGGAGUUCGAACACGCGAAUCUACUGCAUAUCCACAUGCGAGUCCACCACAACGUGAAAGUGCGCUGUCCGCGUUGUAAGGACAUUUUUGAACACCCGAACGUCUUGAAACUGCACUACAAGACGCACCAUUCAGAGCCAGUUUGCGUCGCCUGUGGUUUAAAAUUUGACCACGACAAACUCUUGCGACUACAUUUGGAGCACUACCACAAGAUUGACAGCAAAGGGGGUAAAAAGUGUGUUACAGCAUCCGGCGGCAGAAAAUCCAAAGGGAGUGCAGAAGAGGAGAUGGCUGUAGGUGUGUGCGGAGAAAGCAUGGCCGCUGUAGAUCAGGGAAAUGUGGACAGUGAAGUUCACGAGGAAAUGCGACAAGUGAAGGAGGACGAAAGCCGCGACGAGGCAAACGGAGUUGUUACCAACCAAUGGAAUUACGAUGAUGAUGCGAUGUCGCAUGAUAGCAGUGAUUCCAGGGAUGAAGGUAGCAGUGAUGUUGAGAUAGAAGACAUUGAUAAAGGAUUUGAGCCCGGGUUUAGGGAGGCAGAGAGCCCUGUGGCACCAGAAAAACAAGACCAAACAGAGAGCCACGUGAAUUGUCGAGGCCAACCGCAAUGUUCCAGGUCACCUCACCAAUGUAAGGGAGAAACAGAAAGCUUUUUGUCAAAUACAGAUAGCGGAAGCAAUGAGGGAGAUGUUAAGAAGGAAAGAGCCUGUGUUUCCUCAGUAGCCGUUGAGUGGCAAAACCCAACUCGGCCAAGGAGAUCCUCUGUUAUUGUUACCACUGGCAGCGCCUCACCACCCCUUACACAUAGCAAACAUAAAGUGAAGGAACUCCGAGAAUGUACACAAGAGACACCCAAAUUUACCCUUAUUGUUACUGACUGGGAUGCUAGUUCCAAAGGAAGCCCACGGUCUCCGUCAGGAUCUUACGCGGACUCGCCCGCUUCAACGAUGUCGGGAGACGAGAGCGGUGACUCCGAGUCGACCAGUCCCAGGGCACGCUCGGCAAAGCGUGUUACCACACUGCGCUGUAAUCGUUGUCAAGAGGAAUUUUUGUCUAAGAUGGAAUACCUUCAUCACCUGAUAUCGCAUCAAAAGGGAGAUGAGCUGAACAAGACGCAAAAUAAUAUGAGUCCAGAAAGUAAAGCCUUCGAAAAGCUCAAGUCAAGUCUGCGAAUCAAAAUGGAGGUAAGACGAGAAGACAGGUCAACUGAUGACGAAACCCAUGAAUUCGAACGUGAAGUUCAGAAAGGAGCAAGUCCUGGUAGAGAUACUGAUGAUCCGAUGUUCUCACAUAUAUCUCGUACAAGCCCACCUUCUUACAAGGAAGCCCCGUCCCGAAAUUUGUCCGUUCCUUGCACGCUAUGUAGCGAACAAUUUUCCGAUUGGCGAGAGCUCAAGGCUCACGUGGAAAGUCGCCAUAAAAGACCUCACUGCUCCGAGUGCGGACUGCAGUUCGAUCACAAGAACUUGUUAAAGAUUCACAUGAACUCGUAUCACAGCUCUUUGGACGUUCUGCAGUGUUACCAGUGUGGAAAAUCGUUUGGUAACCGCUCGGAGUUUGUCAGUCACGUGACUUCUCACGAAACUUCGUUAAAAGGAACCAAAGACAUAAGAAAGGAGCAUAAACCUCUCCGACGAAUGUCGAGCGCGCCGGUGCCUGGUGAAAACUUGAGUCGAUUUCGCUCGCAGGGCCCUAUGUUAUUGGCAAGGGAUCGUAGUGGAAUCAGCUGUGAUUUGGGCGACAACGGUGAAGUCAAGGAGCGAGGCGAUCAGGUUUUACAUCCAGUGAAAAGCCAAAUUGACGACUCAAGACCUUUCGUUAAUCGAUUGUUUCCAAGUUAUGGGGUGUUCCGCCAUCAUAAACAAGAAACUAUUACGUCUCAAGAACAAGGUGAUUGGCAUCGUAAAGUAAAAGGGAACCUUUUUACAGUUCCAGAGUCCAAAACGAGGAUAUUUCUACCAAAAUGUCACGAGGAUGUAGGACAUGACCGCGAACAUUUGGGCGUCAAAAGACGGCUACAGGACGAGAGAGAGGAAUUCUCGCCAGGAAAUGCAAAAGGUGAUUACGUCUCGAAGAAGCCAGCUUCUUCGGAGGAGGCUACAACAGCUCGGAUUUCAGCCUUUUCUGCAUACGAAAGAACUAGCCGAUCCGACGAGGUCACGAGGCAUCCCAUAUUAGGUAGAGCGAAGAGGGACCGGGAUGGCUUACCAAUUGGUGGGCCCCCUCCUUUGAUCCCUGUAGUUCAUCCUGGAAUAUCCCAUAGCUUCGCGCAAACGUCGGACGCACGUUUACUGAGAGUACAUCGUCCCGUAACCCGCACCGCGUCAGCAAAUUCAGCUCUUAGAUACCCGAGGAUGUUACCAUUCCCUACCCAGAACCCUACCUUGCAGUCCUCAAGAUGGGGACCAGACUUAGAGCCAGCAGUGCCUUCAAGCCCUGUUCGGGAUAGCCCGAGGGAUCCGCCAGAAUUACCAUCUCGAGAGAGUAUCAACAACAUCACAAAAGAGGCUCUUCUACAUUCUUUGUCCCUCAGGAGAAGAGCUAGUGCUCCCGAACUCGGAGCUCUAGUAAAACCCCUUGCCGAGCCUCGGAGUCGUGCGGCCCCGGAACCAAUUAAAAAUCCUCCUGGAAAUAGCCUAAACAAUUCCGAGAAGACUGAGAGCGCCCUCGCUACGUCAUCGGGGCGACUCCGCCAGCUCAACGAAGGGUACCAGCCGAGACGAAAACACCCGCGGGAUUUUACUUGCCACCACUGCGGGAUUUACUUUGGGCAUAAGAAACUCCUUAAGAUUCAUUUGGACUGCUAUCACGGCUCUGCACAAGAGCUUCAGUGUCUUCGCUGCGAAAAGAAUUUCUCCAGUCGCUCGGAGUUCCUGGAGCACUUGAUGUCGCACGAAGGUGGUGAUGAACUCCUGGCUAUUCAGAGAAAGCGUUUAAGAUUAGAUCGUCGUUCGUCUCUUCCUCACGAAGGGGAAACCGUCAUUAGACACGAACUCAACUCCACUGUCGCAAAGGAAACUACACCGAAGAAGGAAACAGUCUUACGGGACGAACCUAAACUGGCAGAUACCCCAGGGGAGCUUCGAAAACCCCUCCUGAAUGAGUUAAAAACGCGGACUUUCGAAGACCCCGUGGAGAAUCUGAAACCAAAUGGCGUGGAUGUGAAACGAGAAAGCCGUGUCAACAACUUGAAACUCGGCAACGAGAGACGCGAAAAUGACAGUGACGGUGGUUCGAAUUUCUGCUUCGUUUGCGGGCAGUCGUUUACCAGUGGCAAGAAACUGGAGCAUCACAUCUCGUCGCACGCGGUGGUUGACCAAAAUGGCCGAUACUGCUGUUCGUUGUGCCAGAAGUCGUUUGACCAUCAUCGCAAGCUGGAAAUCCACACACGCAGCCAUACGGGCUUUAAGCCUCACAAAUGUGAGUUGUGCGGACGGUCCUUUCCGUAUUACAGCUCUUACUAUUAUCAUAAAAUGACUCACACUGAAGACCGGCCUCAUAAAUGUGGAGUUUGUGGUAAGGGCUUCAUACAAACGAGGUAUCUGCGGUCGCAUAUGAAGACACACAAGGAGCAGAAUGGGUGGGCAAGCGACGAGGAACUUGAUGUUGAUACCGUCGCCGAGCAAGUAAAGAAAAACGAUGGCGCGAACAGAACUAAGAACUCUCCUUUUCGCGAGACUGAGGCACAGAUUGAAACAGAACCGACAGAUCAGGAGGGUUAUUCUUCCCAGGGAGAAUUAGAGGAGCAUGAUACAGCGAGAAUAUUGUGCAGUUUCAAGCAAAGUAGCAACGUAGGAAUGCAGACGCAGAGUCUGUCUAAAGAUGAUCAGAGAGACAGUGAACUGCGCGAUGACUUGGUAUUGGCAAACGGUUCUCACAGUGAGGACACUCCAAGCGUGAAUCAAACCGAAGAGGCGAACUUUGGCGCUCUUGAGGAUAGUCAACUUAAAGGCACUCAGGGUCUUAGUAACGCUGCUGACGCUGCGACGAACGUCAACAAAGAACCUACUCAGGGUACAAACGAUGAAUCUCCUAAAAAGACCAAGAAAAAGAAGUACAAAUGUAAACACUGCGAGAAAAACUUCAGUUCUUAUAGCAGCCUGCACGUUCACGUGCGCAUCCAUACCGGUCAUCGGCCGUACUCGUGUAACCACUGCUUCAAGAAGUUCACCCAUUCCAGUGGGUUAAAGCGUCACGUAAGGUGUCAUACGGGAGAGAAGCCGUAUCCAUGCCCGGCUUGUCCUUCGGCUUUUGCAGACCGUGGUGCUCUCAAGUCACAUAUAAGGACUCACACAGGGGAACGGCCCUUUGUCUGUGAUUUCUGCAAUAAGUCUUUCACUCAACCGAGUUCACUUCGAGUGCACAAAAAGACAGUGCAUGCUCACGAGUUUUUCGAUGAAAAAUGACUUCAAAUUGUCCAUUUCUUACGCUAUCUAGAUGUUUUUUUCUCGUCAAAUUUUAGAUUUCUUGUAGACUUAUCUCGCAUUCAGUGAUGUAACGUUACGAAAAAGAAAACGAAAACAAGUUCAAUAGACUGCUCCUAGUCUAGGCAGUGUUGGGCUUAUUUCUAUCUCCUACUAACGAUUGUAAAUGGUAUUUAAUUGCCAAAUUCUAAUAGUUAUUGGCUUUUUAAAAAAUGAAUUAACAUUAAUUCACAGAGAAGGAAUUUAGAUUCAGGAAAAAUCUCGAUUAAUUUUCGCUAAAGUUGGUGAAGUUCCAGGUGAAACAAGUGAUGUCCCUAACAUUUGGUUCCGACUUGAUCAAUAGUAGAGUUCGAUUUUAAGUUAAUUCUGAGUAAUAACAACGAAGAAAAGAAUAGGUGGAUAUUAACUUGACUUAUAAUGAUAUCAGGUGUCAUGACUUGCUAUGUAUAAUAUUUAACCACAUGUAAUAAAUUAUUUAAAGUUUUUUGCCUUGCCCGAUCAAGUUGAACAAUUUACUGUUUAACCUCUGAAACGGCCACCUUGGGGACAGAGUAAGGU